AUGUCCGCUUCUCCUCCUCUUGCACAUCUCUUUGUGCCUCUCCCUACCUCCUCCCCGUCGUCCUCCUCUUCCCCUUCAUCCCCAGACCCGGUGACGAUAACGACCCUUCACGAUCACGAUAUACCGGCUCUGUCGCCCAUUAAUGAACGGAGCUACGCCCCGCACGACCCCUCUUAUAAUCAAAACCACUCCAUCCCACCUAUCAGACCUCCUCGCUCUCCACGUCGCACCCCACCAAAAAGGCUUGACGCCGAGUCACGUCCCGCUACGGAUCGUCCUCGUAGGUAUCGAAACAACUCCUCGCUCAGUCUCACAUCGCUCGAGUACGUCCGGACGGCUUUGCGCAACUUCCGUGCCUCGCUUCCGGCUGCUCGGUUCCCCGACAAAACGCCAAUCCGGUCACCUUCCAGGAAGUAUCAUCGAACCCGCUCGCCCACCGCCGAUCUCGUUCUCCACAAUCCCAGCUCUCCUACCACAGAGAUGUCGUCGGCGCGAAGGCAGUCACAGAGGAGGAAAGAGGCGGUGCUGGCGGGUCUCCAAGGUGGGAUCAAAACGCACGAGCGCUAUGGCUCCGUCAAAGAGGUCAGGAGGGAAGGGGUUGGAGGGCACUGGAGGAGCUACAGCACGCCGCCACCGAGCAGCAUCAGUGGUGCUCGGGAGGCGCUGGCGGAAGAGGGAUGCGAGGAGGGGCAUAAGCGAGUCAUGAGCGAGGGGAACGAUAAGCCGGCUCCUCUCCGAGCUCGCCCUGGUAUACCGAUAUUCGACCAGGCGCCGCACCCUGCCGACGGUCGAAGGGCGAGUGUUCCUCCGCCUACUCUUCACAUCAUCCAUCCCAGCAUCUCCACUACUCCCGAGGAUCCUACCGUGUAUCCACCAGAACGCAUAUCGGUCCAUGCGCUCCAUCAUCCCCACGGAGCGCUCGUUGAUGAUAGCGUAAACAAGUUCGCCACCGUUGUAGGCAUCAUGGAUGCCGGUCAGGCGGCACGAGGGGCGGAUGGGGAUGAUGCCGUGUACAUGAGUCAACGCUUCGGGAGCGGAAGGGCGCAGACAGCGAGAAGGAACAGGGUGGGGCCAGGUGGUAUUAUCUCCAAAAUUGCGUCGCGAUCUUCCUUGUCCAAGCUGAAAAUCGCUUUCGCACCAUCGACUCCCGCUCCCGAUGCGUCCCUCCACCCCCGCAACUCCGUUCGCCGACAGCCAUCCCCGUCGCCAUCCGCAGCUCGACACAGCUGUCUCUCCUCAGCCUCGCAUCGACCCGCUCCACUCCCUCCUCUUCUCCUCAAUCCUACUCCGAAUCGCUUCGCGCCGUCUUCGUCUCGGAUCCCUUCUCCCUCUCCGUCCGCUACUCCUACGCAGAGCCGAGCCCCUACGCCUCUCAUCGUCCGAGAUCAUGCCGCCGGAAUGAAGCUGAAUGGCAUCCCGCCAGAGAGGUCGUCUAUGUGGGGCAAAGAAGAAGGACUGGUGGAGAUACCGAGAUUCAAAAAGCGGGAGCUGAAUCUCGGGAUUGCUGGAGGAGGUCUGGGCCAGAGAGCCAGCUGGGGUAUGCUAUGGAUGGGAUGGCUUAUAUGGGGCUUGUUAUCGCUGUUCUUCGACGUCAACGUGCUGUACAUGCUGGUCCAAUGCGCACAAAAUCCCUCUACAGCGCCCGACUCGGCUUCAGCGCGGACAUGGGUCUUCGCUGCGGCAGCCUUCUCGGUCUGCUGGCUGAUCUCGGUAUUUGGGGUCUGGAUAGGCUGGGAACUUUGCUAUGAGUUCUGGAGAAGGUGGAGAUUACCUCGGCCCGCUAUCGAGCCCAUCCACAUGUCUCUUCCCGCCACUCUUCACCUCUCCCUCUCCUUCUUCCAGCACUUCGCCUUCUUCCUCUACGUCCGCCUCUCUCCGUUGCGCACGCCCCACUCCAAGGAUAUUCUACCGGAGACUGCCCACCUGGCGAUCCAGUCUCUUCCGGGUUUGGGUCCAGUCCUACCCCGCGCCAGUCUCGCAGUGGUCCUCCUCGUUGCCUUCUCCAGCGGGGAUGACGGCAGCAUCCGAGACGCCGCAUUCUGGACUCCCACGACCGGCCGGCUCACCAUGUACGCGCACGGAGUCUUACUGGCUUUCGGCAGUCUGACUGCACUGCGUCUACUCGUCGUCGUUCUCUCUGCUAUCAUUCUAUGGGCCUUCUCCCGGCCUCGACGGCCAAGCCAAUCUCGCCUCCGGUCCCGCUUCGACUCGUUUUCCACCUCCUCCCCAACCGAUACCCGCCCGACUACACCCGUGGCAACACCCACCCGUCGCGAUCCCGCCGAUACCCAAUCUCCGUCGAAGGGCUGGAUAGCGGAGUCAGAUCUCAAGUGGGAAUGGCGCGAGCGGGGGCGAAACAGGCUUCAAGACGCUUUUGAGCUGUGCAUGAUUCGCCGGCCGAGGUCGGGGGCGCCUAGCCCGAUGCUGAGGAGGCAGGGGGUCGAGGCGUCCCGCUCGGUCGGAUGGAUAUACAGCAGGCAGGGGGCGAUGGAAGAGAAGGAGGGUGAGGGGGAAGGAGGAGAGGAGAUGCUCAGCCCAACUACGGCGGAUCCGUUCAUGCAGAUCGAGCCAUCCAGGUCUCGCUCAACUAUCCGCUUCGUCACUCCGCCUCCGCUGGACCGGACGGAGACGGAUGAGACAACCCGUCCGGCUACCCUCGCUCCGGCCACACCCUCUGCUGUGCAGGCCCGACCUGAGUCAGGUACUCUGCCAGUCAAUGGUACGCCUGUCCAGCCCACUAGGCAGUCCGAUCCCGUCACGCCUACUACGGCCGGGCAGGACUCGGUCAAUAGCCUCGACCCUCGUUCGGCCGUCGGUCUCGGCGGUCUUGCGGCUGCUCGGCAAUCCGUCAGCAGUCAAGACCUCUUUUACACACCCAUGAGUCGGACACCCGCCACGGAGAAGACGCGGAGCCGCACCGAGCUCGGCGGAGUGCAUACGGAAUCUACGUCAACUCUGGGCGCAAAAGGGACAGGCGACGCUGCGGCACUAGGCGGGACGUCCUCGUCAUCCCUGACGCCCGCGCCGCCGAGCGCGUACCGCCCACCUCCUACUCCAGGUCCGGAACCUAGCACAGCUGGCACCUCUUCCACCGCCCUGCACGCUCUCGUCUCGACCGAUUCAUCUCCACAAUAUGCGGACGGAUCGCAUCACGGCUCAGCUUCGGACAAGGAGAACCAGCCUCAUCCGGCAGCUUCGGACAUAUAG